GAAUUAGUAGAAGGAGCCAAACUCCGUAUACAAUUAAAACCAGCAAUUGGGUUAAUUAUUAUCUUCAUUCACUAAUAAUAAUAAUUGAUCGUCAAGAUUAUUUUAAUUUGGACACAAGAAAAGUAUAUCACUUUCCCUAAUUGUAUCAUUUGAUACUUUCUCUUUUUUCCUCCAUAUAUGCCUUUUGUGUGUGUAAAUAUAUGUAUAUGAAUGGGUUCACAAAAAUAGAAACAUAAAUCAAAUCUUUGCGUAAUUUCUCAUCUUCCUCUACUUUUCCUCUUUUUAAGAGAAUCUAGGGUUUUCUUCUUCUUCUUCUUCUUCUUCUUCUUCUUCUUCUUCUUCUUCUUUUGUGGUCAAAUUUCCAAGGUGUUCUUUUAGCUCUCUCUUUGGAAAUCUGAGAAGAAAUUGUAGACAUGGGAAGGGGAAGGGUUCAGCUAAGGCGGAUCGAGAACAAGAUAAGGAGACAAGUGACAUUUUCGAAGCGAAGGACGGGUUUGGUUAAGAAAGCUCAAGAGAUCUCAGUGUUAUGUGAUGCUGAUGUUGCUUUGAUUGUCUUCUCCCCGAAAGGCAAGCUCUUUGAGUACUCUGCUGGUUCCAGCAUGGAGAGAAUUCUUGAUCGAUAUGAGAGAUCUUCAUACGCUGGUCAAGAAAUUCCUACACCAAAUUUGGAUUCACAGGGUGAAUGUUCAACAGAAUGUUCAAGGCUCUUGAGGAUGAUUGAUGUCAUGCAAAGAAGCGUAAGGCACUUAAAAGGAGAAGAGGUGGAUGCUCUAAGUAUCAGAGAGCUUCAGGGUCUGGAGAUGCAACUUGAUACUGCCCUCAAGAAAACUCGCUCUAGAAAGAACCAGCUCAUGUUAGAGUCCAUAGCACAACUUCAGAAAAAGGAGAAGGAACUAAAAGAACUGAAGAAACAACUAACAAAGAAGGCUAGUCAAAGAGAUGACUUUGAGCCGCAAAAUCUUAGGCAUGGCUUGGCCACACCGCUAUGUGCACCACCCCAAGCGCUGCCCCGACCUCUAUCUCCUCCUCCUUCAUCUUUUGGGGAUACAUUACUAAGGAAUGGAGUGGAAGAAGUAGCUGCCGAAACCCUAAUUCGGAAAACGAACACAACGUUGCCGCAUUGGAUGCCCAGGCUCACCAGAGAAUAGAGCUCCGAAGGCCAUCUUGGUUUGUUAAAUUUCAGUAAUAUAGAGUAACGGAAUAACUUCUCGGCUUAAGUAGAACUACUCCGAAUACAAGAAAAUAUAUUAUGAUUUGGCAUUCUUAGAACCAUCAUAAGAUGCCCUCGAGUUUCAGACUUCGAACAAAUUAGAAAACUUGUAUGUCAAAUGUGAUUUUUGUAUAUUUUAUUUAUGAACUUGAGUGUUUGCGAGAAAUCAAAUUUCAAUAAAAAAACAGAGAAAACUAUGAA